AUGGUUGAUAAGCCGUUUAUUUUUAGACACACAGAUGAUGAGGAAGUUUUUUCAAUCCAAUUGAAUAAGCGAAACGUACAUGGCUUCACCUUUGUCACUCGGGCGCUGUCACAGAUUUACUCUUUACUUAUAUCAGAAACAUUGGCGACGAAAAGGGAUUUAUUUUAUGAACAGAAAGAUCUCUAUGGAGUACAGCGAAACUUGGAUCAGAGUAUACCAAAAAUAUGCCGGUUACUUCACGCGGAUAGAAUCAGUAACAAUGUUUUAGCUGCUGGACGUGGAGUCUUAAUGGGAGAUUUGAAACUGAAGGACAAUGACUCCGUUUUGGACUGUUCUUUAGCACCAGUUCUGAUAAAUCAUGUUUCUAAAAAUGCUUUCCUAAAUUGUGAAGCUCGUUUUGUGUUGGUGGUAGAGAAGGACGCGAUUUUUCAAAAACUGGUUCAGGAAGGCUUUUUUCCACUGUUCAGCCCUGCCGUGCUUGUUACAGCUAGAGGUUAUCCAGAUCUUGCCACCAGGCAGUUAUUGAAGCUUCUAAGUAAUUUGUAUCACAUACCCAUUUAUGGACUGAUGGACAGUGAUCCUCAUGGUAUUGAAAUAGCUCUAACAUAUAAGUACGGUUCGAGAAAACGGCAGUAUGACAUUGGAGACUGCAGUUUACCAAAUUUUCAGUGGGUUGGGCUUUCAAGAACCGAAAUUAGCAGGUAUCCCGUUCCGGAUGACAAAUUCUUGUACAUAAAUGAGCAGGAAGACAAAAAAAUCCUUACUCUUUGUCGGAGAGUAGCCAAUGUUAAGGAGUGGAUCCUUCUUAGAGAGUUGAAGUGUCUCAUGAACAGUGGUACUAAGCUAGAACUGGAGGCUGUUAGUGGAAUUUCACGUGGGUUCCUCUUGCACACAGUACUUUGCGAGAAGUUGUCUACAUUUGUUAACAAGGAGAAGUAA